AUGGCACCCCACGAAGGAUUGGUUCACCCCAAGGAGUAUGACAUUAAGGACAGCAAUGUGGAGUUGAUUGGCUCCGAUCUGGACCACCGUGUGAAGUACAAUUCGGCUGCCUCCGAGCCCGCUUGGAACAACGGCAAGGUCGGUCAGGUGCCCGGACUCUUUAUCUGGCGCAUUGAAGACUUCCAGGUUGUUCCCUGGCCCAAGGAGAGGACGGGGGAAUUCUACGAUGGAGACAGCUACAUUGUGCUGCACAGCUACAAGGUGGAGCUAGAUGAGUUCCUGCAGGGCGCGGCAACGCAGCACCGGGAGAUUCAGCAGCAGCCCUCUGAGGAGUUCCUCGCACUUUUCCACCAUAUCAGAAUCCGCUCUGGCGGGGUGCGUUCUGGCUUCACCCACGUUGAGCCCGAGGAACCUAAGGAGAUUCUCACUUUACUCCGCAUCUUCAAGCACCCAGGCUCUGGCCGUAUCAGCCCCAUCAUUGUGCAUGAAGUGGAGCCCACUUGGGAGAGUCUGGACGAGAAUGAUGUCUUUGUUCUGGACAAAGGCGAUAAGAUCUGGCAUGUCGAUGUUGAGGUUCUCUCUCAGCUGGAGUCUAGAUCCAGAAUCGUGGUUGACUUGCUCGGUGGUAAAGAGGCUGAUCAGUCCUCGCUACAAGCCCCGAGACCCGGGUACUUCUCAAGAAGCUUACAGAGCGACUCCAGUAACGCCCGUCCACGUAGAUUGUUCCGACUCAGUGAUGCAUCGGGCACCCUUUCCUUUGAUCUCGUCAACGAGGGAGGCCAUGUGCAGCAGUCAGAUCUCGAUGGCAACGAUGUCUUCAUUUUCGACACCGGGUCCCGUCUCUGGGUCUGGCAGGGCCUUGGCGCCAGCGAGCAAGAGAAGCAUCUGUGGCUCAAGGUCGCUCAGGCUUAUGUUCGCUGGCUCCAAGAGACCCAGGAGGACUCGGAAGCUUAUUUGACACCAAUUUCGAAGGUCACGCAAGGCCACGAGUGCGCUCCAUUCUUGAAAGCCAUUGCGGCCUAA